AUGGUCCAAUUUUUGCAGGAAGCAGUCGGCAGAAGUUCAUUUAUUUUCGUCAAUGCUGAUGAGUUGCUUGAUUUUCCGCGUUUAACCAGUCAAAAAGUCAUUUACGUUGGUGGGAUUGCUGUUCCAAAGCCUAUGCCAUUGAAAGAUGAAUAUUACGAAAUAAUGGAGAAACGUAAAGAAGGCGUAGUGCUUGUAGCUUUUGGAACAGUUGCGCAGAGUUCCAGUAUGAGCUUAGAGAUGAAAAAUGCUUUUCUCGCACUGUUUCAAACUUUCCCAAAGAUAACAUUCAUUUGGAAGUAUGAAGAAGAAAAUGGCUCUACAGUGCUGAACCUUGGAAAUCUUGUAGUAAAGAAUUUCGUACCUCAGAAUGAUCUUUUGCGUAUGUUACUUUUGCGUAUUUUCCUGUAA